GCUCUCUCUCUCUCUCUCUGUCUGUGUUUCUCCCUCAUUGUCCACAGACACUCUCUCUCUUUCUCUGCGCUCGUCUGCGCUUCCUCGCCUGCCUCUCUCUUUCCCUUCUCCUCCUCUUCCUUUUUCUCUCUGACUGUGUCCCAUAAGCAGAGAUAGGAUCUGUUACAAACAACAGCAGCUUCACCAAGAGCCCAGACCCUGUAUCCCAGGCUGACUCCCGUGCUAACCCCACAAGGAACAUCAGUGGGUGGGUACUUGACUGAGACGGCGCCAGGGAGUUAAUACCAGUCAGUGCCGCUGGAGGUGUGACACAGUCCCAGCCCUCUACACAUUGAUUCACACAGGAUUAAGCCACUGCAGGAUGCUUCAGGCGGAAGGCCUGGCGCAGCUGAUUUACCGUCCCUGUCAGGCUUAACGUCUUUGGAGGCCUCCUCUGCCCUGCUCCUGUCUUCUGUGGAAAAACUAGUGAAAAGCAUCUGCCGCUGCACCAACCAGAUCACCCAAAGGGAUGACUGGCAGUCAUCUUGCUCAGGAGUAAGAGAGGAAGCAAUGGGCUGGACUAUGAUUCUAGAAGAUGACUUUGGGGUCAUUGCCUGGACACGGCGAGCUGGGAACUACAUCAGCCUCUUCCUCCUUUUGUUUCUCUUUUCUACUCCAGUCCAGUCAGACAUUGUGUUUCCUAAGGACCAUCAUUUCUCAUGGAAAGCAGGUCAGUGGGGUCAGUGUAUCGGGGAUGAGUGUGGUUCUGGUGGGAUUCAGACAAGGACAAUAUGGUGUGUCCACAGAGAUGGCUGGACUAGCCACCACUCCCACUGCCAGCACACGGAGAAGCCGGAAAGCCAGCGGCACUGCUUUAAGGUCUGUGACUGGCACCAGGACCUCUUUGAGUGGGAGGUAUCUGACUGGGGGGGCUGUGUUCUUGUCCCUUUCUUUUCCAAUGAGCUCAAGCUGAGGACAGCUGAAUGCAUUACAGCACAGCAUGGCAUCCAGAGGCGCCAAGUCCACUGUGUACGCACUUCAAACCGUACCACAGUCACCUCGAGGAUAUGUGAAUUCUUUUCUCAGAAACCGCCUGUGGAACAGGCUUGUCUCGUCCCCUGCCCCCAGGACUGUGUGGUGUCAGACUUCACCUCCUGGUCAAGUUGCAGCAAAACCUGCGGUGCUGGCCUGCAGCACCGGACUCGACAUGUCCUGGCCACACCAAUGUAUGGAGGGGCAAACUGCCCCAACUUGACUGAGACUAGGACUUGUUCUAGCCCUAUCAACUGCCCUGCUGGGGAGGGCGAGUACCAGUACAGCCUUAAAGUAGGGGCCUGGAGCGAGUGCAGACUGCCCCAUCACAAAGAUGCUGUGUUAAGCGGAAGGACCACAGUGGACUUCAGCAGCAGCUCCAAUGAGAACAACACAGUCAUGUUGCACACGUUGGCUUCUCACCGCCACUCCCAUCACAACCACCACUACCACCACCACCACCAUGCUCAUGUGCACAACAAAUACCCCAUUUCCUGGGAACUGGAGGUGGGAUACCAGACACGACAGGUCCGCUGCACACGGGGUGACGGCAAGAACGCUAUGCUGAGUCUCUGUACCAAGGACAGCUCCCCCCUGACCUUCCAGGCAUGUGUGAUGCCCAAAGACUGUCAGACGUCCGAUUGGUCAUCGUGGAGCCCAUGCUCUAAAACCUGCCGGUCCACCGACCUGUCUCCUGGUUACCGUCUCCGGUCACGGAUCAUGACGCAGAUCCCAGUCGGUGGGGGGAAACGAUGUCCUGCCCUUGAGGAAAAAGAAGCUUGCAACAUCAUAGGAGAUUUACUUCCAAACUGCCCGAGGUAUCUCUGGAGGAUCACUGACUGGGGCGAAUGUCGCAUCCUCCCUUUACUGAGCCAGCAGGACCGGCGGCUGGCUAACAUCAGUAUGCUGUGUGGAGAGGGCAUCCAGACCAGGAAGACCUACUGUGUUCAAGUCCCUGAUGUCUCAGCACCACAUCACAGGAAAGAAGUAUCCAGGCCUGUGAAUGCCAGACUGUGUGCUGGUGAAGAGCCCCCAUCAGCUGUCCAGAACUGCUCCAUCCCCUGCCAGAACCACUGCAUGCUCUCCCAUUGGUCAACCUGGGGUGCCUGCCUGCAUGACAACUGCAGAGAACCACAGGGGAAGAAAGGUUUCAGACAGAGGAAGAGAAAGGUGUUGUGGGAGUCCAGCAGUUCUCCAGAGACCUGUCCUCACCUGGUAGAGUCCGUCCCCUGUGAGGAUCCCACCUGCUACUUGUGGCAGGUCCAACAAGAGGGAAGUUGCAUUCCCAAUAAGGGCUCCUGUGGUCCUGGAACUGCGGUGCAGAAUGUGACCUGUGUCAGCUCUGAAGGGGAAGAUGUGCCCAUCGCUCACUGUGCAGACGACCCCCCACCCACAGAAGUGGUCUGCGAGGUUGCCUGUCCUGCAGACUGUGUGGUUGGCUCUUGGUCCUCCUGGUCCCCCUGCUCACACAGCUGUGCCACUAAGACCUCUGAGGGCAGACAAAGCCGCACUCGCACUGUGUUAGCUAUCCCAGGCAAAGAAGGGAAGGAGUGUCCAACAGCUCCAGCCUUGGAGGAGUGGAGAGUUUGUAAUGACCAUCCUUGCACGGCGUUCUACUGGGAGUCCUCACCCUGGGGACCCUGUAUUGAGGAUACCUCCAUGAAUCUCAAUGGAACCAGCUUCUGGAAUGGGACCCCUACCUGUGCUGUGGGUGUCCAGAUCCGCAAAGUCAGCUGCACUAAGAUGAACGUUGGACCUGUCAUAAGUAAAAGGUGCUCAGAUUCUUCUCGUCCAGAAACCGUCCGACCCUGUUUGCUUCCCUGCAAGAAGGACUGCAUUGUGACACCGUUCAGUGAAUGGACAGCCUGCCCAUCAACCUGUAUGCCAGAUAACACAACCGCCGCCACACAGUCUCGAUACAGGACCGUCAUUCAAAGGUCUGCUAAUGGAGGGCAAGAGUGUCCUGACACGCUGUAUGAAGAGAGAGAGUGUGAAUCACGUCCAUUUUGUCCAGUGUACAGGUGGAGGACACACAAGUGGCAUAGUUGUGCUCUGGUUCCAGAUUCUGUUCGACGUGGAUUAAGCGGACCGGGAGAAGCCUGCGGGAUUGGUUUAGAAACAAGAGGAGUCAGUUGUGUUGGUGAGAGCGGUGAGUCAACCAAUAUGACGGAGUGCCUGCGAUGGGCUGGCCCCACGCCCCCUCAGAUCAGAGAGUGCCGAGUGGUUUGCAAGGAUGAUUGCACUCUGACUGCAUGGUCCAAGUUCUCUGAAUGCACUGGAUGUGGCACUUCUAGAAGUCGCAAGCGCUCACUCACAGGUCGCAGCAAAAAAAAGGAGCUUUGCCUAAAUGAGGAGUUGUACCCACUGGAGGAGACAGAGUCUUGUCCCUGUGAUGAGUUUUUGUCGCAGCCCUAUGGGAACUGGUCUGUGUGCAUUCUGCCUGAUCCUUCAGUGUCAGGGUCCCUGCAGGGCUGGAUGAGCCACCAGGAGGUAAAGGAGUGUGGCAAAGGUCUGCGCUACAGAGCUGUGGCCUGCAUCGACCAGCAGGGACACCUGGUCGACCCUGCGCUCUGUACAGACUCAGGCUACAUGGUGGAGGUUUGCCACAUUCCUUGUCCCCUAGACUGUAAGCUCAGCGACUGGUCAGCCUGGUCAGCCUGCAGUGCAUCCUGUGGCAGCGGGUUGAAGAUCAGGUCCAAGUGGCUCAGGGAGAAAGCUUUCAAUGGUGGACGCCCAUGCCCCAAGCUGGAUUUGAAAAACCAGGUGUACGAGGCCGUGCCGUGCCACAGUGAAUGCAGCCAGUUCCACUGGAGGACGGAGCCCUGGUCCAUUUGCACCAUCAACACUGUGGAUGACCUGCCAGCCUGCGGGGAGGGAGUCCAAAGCCGCAAGAUCAGGUGUGUGAAGAAGGGAACGAGUGGGGAAGCCAGCAGUGUGGACGACAGUCUGUGUGAUCAGGAGGAAAUGCCACCCAGAGCCCAGGUCUGCUUUCUGGCCUGCCCGAACGACUGUGUUGUGGCUCCCUGGGGACCUUGGAGCAACUGCUCCCUGCAAUGUGACCAAGGGACAGCAAGAAACAGGAGUAGACACAUCCUCCGCCUCUCAGCCUCAGAAGACUCUGCCUGUCCAGAGCUGGUCCAGUCGGAGCCCUGCAUCCUCAACAUCACCUGCUUCACUUACCAGUACAGAGUCUCAGACUGGAGUACAUGCCAGCUGAGUGAAAAUGCCAUCUGUGGUCAUGGUUCACGGCUGCGUCUCCUGGACUGUAUCCGCAGCGACGGGAAGAUAGUGGCCCUGCAGAAGUGUGAGGAGUCCGGCCUGAUCAACAAGUGGAGGCUGUCAGAGAGCUGCGUGGUUGAUUGUCCCGUCAGCUGUUUACUCUCUGAUUGGUCGCCGUGGGCGGAAUGCUCGCACACCUGUGGUAACCAAGGUCUGACUGUGCGCACACGGAGAAUCCUGCAGGAGGCUCAUGAGGAGGGUCGUCCCUGUCCCAACCAGCUCACCCAGACCAAACCAUGUCCCAUAAGGCCUUGCUAUAUGUGGCUGCUGAGCGACUGGUCCCUAUGCACUGUAGAGGGAGCAGAGUGCGGUGAGGGGCUUCGGAGAAGGAACCUGUCAUGUGUCGUCCACUGGGGUGACUGGCCUGAGUCUCCUCCUCAGCCAGUAGAGGAGGAGCUUUGUGGAGACAGAAGGAGGCAAAAGAUUCAACAGGAGAUGGAGCAGCCCUGCUUCGUUCCCUGCCCAGGAGACUGCCAUUUGACUGAGUGGUCAUCUUGGAGCUCAUGCCAGCUGACUUGCCUGGAGGGGCGGAGCUUUGAGACCACUGGUCGCCAAGCACGCUCCAGAGCUGUAAUCAUUCAGGUCAUGGAGAACCAGGGCAACUGCCCGCAUCAAGUCUUUGAGACCCAGCCCUGUAAAGAAGGAAAAUGCCACAGUUACCAGUGGAGGACAGGAGGAUGGAGCAACAAUGAGAGAGUAGUGUGGUGUCAGCGCUCAGACGGUGUCAAUGUCACAGGGGGAUGUUUCGCACAGAAAAGGCCAACCACGGUCAGACACUGCCAUCCUCCGUGCACUAAACCCUUCUCACACUGCACAACGAGCGGAGUGUGUGGGUGUGAGAAGGGUUAUACUGAAGUGAUGACAACACACGGUUUCUUGGACUACUGCACCAGAACCCCGGGGGUGGACAACAACAAGAAAGCUGAUGUGAAAACCAACUCUGGGCGGUUAAAACCCGGGCCAACUCAGGCCCAGGACCUCUUCACAGAGUGGACCUUACGACCUGUUGGCCCAGAUGGAAGAGUAAAGCUGUGGGUUUACGCCGUGACUGCCGUCGGAUUCAUCUUCGUACUCUUCAUUAUUGCAUUAUCCUUCCUGGUCUGUAAGCCAUCCAAAACCACUAAGACGUCUCCCCCGCCGCAGAAGCCCUUGACCCUAGCCUAUGAUGGUGACAUGGAUAUGUAACCAGGCUGCUAUACCUCAUCACAAGGACACUCUCGGCCUCAGACAAGACUCCAACCACUUCCCUCACAUACCACUGAUUACUGACCUGUUUGAGCUGGGUGACUUUUUGCUGUAGUGUCCGUAACCGUACUGCAAAAACAGAGCAAAUGGACUAAUAGCAAAGGUCACGCGUGAAUUGCUGCUGAAGGGCGAUGUUGCCCAGAAGUUUGGCUGCAGCCAUCUUUCCUCCACAAAGAAGAUGAGCCGAAGCUGAUCAAGGUGAAAAUGGGACAGAAAAGUCUGUGGGAAUAAAAGGACCUCUAGUUUCUUUUCUUUUUUUUAACUGCUUGCAACAUGAACAUGGUUGGAGCACUGUUUGCAACACACAAAACAUGAAGACUCCUAAAAAAAAAAAAAAGCAAAGACAAAGUGGAUCCGCAGGUGUUGACCUUGGAGUUCAGAGGAGCCACCUGGUUAUUUGUCCCGUAUUUGUGUCAUGAGGGAGACAAAACAUCUGGAGUCGCCAAUCACUCAUGACAUUCAAAGGACAAUGGAACAUUGACAUUUGACUUUGUCUCAUCAGUGCUGGAUCUUUGUAAAAGAAAAUGUCACAAGCCUUUUGGGUAAACAGCCUUUUUUUGAAUUUCUGAGGAUAAACAAGAUGUUUUAUGCACUAUGUUAGUGCUGAUUCACUUUUUUUUGGUUUUCCUUUCAAAUGACUUUUCUAGUGUUUUAAUUGUAAUGCAAGUUGUUGCUGUUGGAUUGUGUUUUGUUGAUGAUGCCAUUAUGUUGUGUAUAUGUGGAAACCAAAAGCAGGCUUGCCUUGAGUUGAAUCAUUCAAUGAUGCAGUAAUUUCUCCUCCUUGAUGCUCAUGAGACACUAAAUAGAGGAACAAUGUCAGAACAGUGUCGUUUCCGCCGAAAAAUUGCUGUUUUGGUGACAGAAUUGUCAGAGAAAAACAUAGACAGACCUUUAAUGCAAAUUAUCAGAUACCAGCAUGAUAAUGAUCAUAGCUCAUAUACACAUUCACUUUCAUCAUAGGAAAAACAAAAGAAAAAAGCACUGAUCAUCAAAACAAAUACAGGAAUGAAAUAGAGGAAUUAUCCACUGGAUCACACACAGUUUUUAUUGGAGAAAAGUAUGCUUCAUUUCUUUCACAAGGAUACUCGCCGUACCUAUAUCUUUUUUACACCACUUAUUUCAUAAAAUAUCCAAAUACAAGGUUCUCUGGGAGAGAACAAGGCGGCAGACUAGUUUUUGACAGUUUUGAAAACUUUUCUUCCAUUAGCUUCGUUUUUUUCUUUUUCUUUUUUUGCACCAUGAAGACAGGGCUCAAAAAUGAAAGACAGCAAAUACCAAAUAUUUGUGAGCACAUAUGAAUCUAGUGGGCUAUUUCUUAUUUCUAUUUCUCUGGCUCAUGCACAAAAGUAAAGGCUUCUCUUUUUAUUUAGCUGGAGUUUUUUUUUUUUUUUCAAAUUUCCACUUACAGUACAAGAUCCAUGAUUUUUAUUGCCAGAGCAUCAUAUAAAAUCAUCUUGAUGGAUCAUAAAUUCUUACUUACUGGUAUCAUUUCCACAUCCUCCUGUGCAUUAUUUCUAAUAACCAGUGGAAAAUUAAGUUCCUAAUACUUGGUGGUUUUGGCACUCACCAGAGUUUAUGAUGUUUCUCUUUCUGCCUCCACAAACUGAAGUUUUGGUCUUGUGUUAUCUGACCUCCUUCUGAAUGUAUUUUACCAGAAACUCUAUAAUCUUAAUGGUUGUGCAAAUACAGUUGUUACAUGCAGUAACAGCUGAUUGUAUGUAGGCAUGCUUGAUCCAUUUUGGCAGAAAGUGCUCCAAGUGGCCUUGCAAAGAUUCUGUUUUACAAGUUGCCAAAACAUGUUAGAGUAGUUUCUUUUAGGCAGUGUUUCUAAUAUUUGGCCAAUGAAGGGACGUGUGGUAAAUGUUACAACCAAAUUGUUAAAUGUUUGAAAUUUUUAAAUGACAUGACCAACUAAUUAAGAAGUUAUUUGGUGACAUUUACGUUAUAAAACAAAGAGCAUCCUCAUACCUGAUAAGAGAACUCUAUUGGGUUAUGUCCCAAAAAAUCUAAAAGUAUGUUCAUUCAUUGUUUACAGUACCAUGCUAUUUGUGUUACUAUUGUGUGUACAUGGAGAGCUGGACAAAAAUGCAAAUAAAUGGUGAAACAAUGUGAAAAUAAAACGCUGCAUACUUUC